AUGAACAUGCAUAAAGAAUUCAUUAAAGGCAAAUUAAAAAAGGAUGAUUUGAUUGUAAUUACUAAUCCUCCUUGGGGUAGAACAGUAAAUUUGGAUAAAUUUAAUAAAAUGAUAAAAUUCUUAGAAACAAAUUGCAAUUAAUGUUAUUUGUUGAUUGCAAGUGAUUAAUUUUAGUUUUUUGAUAAAAGAAAAUGGGAAUUAUUGGCAGAACCAUUAGUUGGAGGACAAUGGACUAAAAUUAUUAAAUAUGAUAGAAAUAGAGAGACUUAACUUAUCACAUUAGAGAUAGUACCUAAAGAGAAUAAUUAAAUAAUCACAUAAUCUACAACUAUAGAUGUAAUAGCAAAAGAUCUCUCCUAUUAGAGAGAUAUAGAAGAAUAUGAAAAUAAAAAAAUAGUGGAUUUAACUAAAAAUUUAGGAGCCUUAUCAAAAAAGUUAAAUAAUUAAGAUUAUUUGAAACAUUUAAAGAAAGAGACUCGAACUGUUGCAGAAAGGUAUGCAGUAUUUCUUAAGAAAUUAAAUAUAGGAACUAAAACAAAAGUAAGAUCCAUUAUGUUAAGAAGAGCAAAUGAUUUAUAUAAGACAAAAAUAAGAAAUUUAAAUUUACAAAUAAACAAAAUUAGAGAGUAAAUUAAAAAGGAAAAAAUAGAAUUAAAGAAAUAAGAAGUAAAGGAUAAGGUUAUCUUAGAUAAAUACUCAUUGAAAUAAGAAGAUUUAGAGAAAAAUUAAAAAUAUUGGAUGAAAAAGCAAAGAAAAAGAGUUUAAAAUUAUUAAAAUAAUAGAAAAAGAGAUCUCAGACAAUACCAAGAUGGUGA